CUUACGGGAGCGCAUAUCAUGGUCAGGAACCGGGGCCAAGGCCGCGGCUCGGACGGCUGGUAAUACUACGAUGAGGGUAUAUUAGACUGGCCGUCGUCGCGAUAGUUUUGGAGAUACAGACGUUGACCUCAAUCUUGUCAAUUAAUACCGUCGGCCCCUGAACGUCUGCCAAGAUGCGUGUCAACGAACUCCUCACAUACGCUUUGCUGCAAGCAUCAGCAGUACUAUCGACACCUCUCGAUGAGCGAAGCGUGAGCGUUGCUGCUUCCAAGAGGCCACACCAUCCCGCGUAUCCGUACCACCCAAAGAAGGCGUGUCCAGUCUCACCGCCACGAACCAAGACCUGCAGCGUCAAGGCUCUCGGCAACGGUAAAGACGAUUCUGCCAACAUCUUGGCUGCUAUUAAGAAGUGCAACAAUGGCGGGCACGUCGUUUUCCCCAAGGACCAGAAGUUCACCAUCGGAACCGCGCUGGAUUUGACCUUCCUCAACGGUAUUGAUCUUGACAUCCAAGGAUCUAUUCAAUUCACCAACGACACGGAUUAUUGGCAAGCCAAUGCUUUUAAGCAAGUGUUCCAAAAUGCCACCACCUUCUUCCAGCUCGGUGGCAAGGACAUCAACGUUUACGGAGGUGGUACCCUCGAUGGUAAUGGUCAGGCUUGGUACGAUCUCUAUGCCAAGGACAUCUACAUCCUACGACCUAUUCUCUUCGGUCUUAUUGGUGCUGAAGGUGCCGUGAUCUCGGAUCUGAAGUUCAGAUACAGCCCGCAGUGGUACACAUUGGUUGCCAACUCAAGUGACGUUGUCUUUGAUAACAUCGACAUCUUUGGCGGUAGUGUCAGCAAGAACCCCGCGAAGAACACUGACGGCUGGGACACGUACCGUUCCGACAACAUUGUCAUCCAAAACUCACACAUCGACAACGGCGACGACUGUGUCUCGUUCAAGCCUAACAGCACCAACAUCGUUGUUCAGAACCUUGUCUGCAACGGUAGCCACGGCAUCAGCGUAGGCUCUUUGGGCCAGUACCCUGGCGAGGUCGACUACGUUGAGAACGUCUACGUGUACAACAUUAGCAUGUCCAAUGCUUCAGACGGUGCGCGUAUCAAGGUCUGGCCCGGCGCUGCCUCCGCUCUCUCUGGUGAUCUGCAGGGUGGUGGCGGUGGUGGUGCAGUCAAGAACAUCACAUACGACGGCAUGACCAUCUCCAACGUCGACUACGCUAUUGAGAUUACUCAAUGCUAUGGCCAAAAGAAUCUGACUCUUUGCAACCAGUUCCCAUCCAACCUCACCAUCUCCGACAUUACUGUCAAGAACUUCCAUGGUACUACCAGCAAGAAGUACGACCCGUUAGUUGGAUACCUUGUCUGCUCCAGCCCAACAGUAUGCUCCAACAUCAACAUUGAGAACGUCAAUGUCACCAGCCCAAGUGGAACCAACCAGUACACUUGCGCGAACAUCGAUGGCAUUGGGAGCCAGGUCAACUGCACCACCAACGGAACCAAGGGAGGUGAAUCGUAAGCGUUUGUCAUUGUUAGAACGUAGAUAGAUACAGCAAUUCGAAUAUGUCGCUGGAAGAACCUGCUCACUUCGUUGAUGGCGUGCAUGGAUAUAUGAUCGCUACACUUAUCAAUGGAAGCUUUUAGUGCUUCUCUUCCAAUCAGCCCGCUUCUAAUGGCUUCUGCCAGAACCGGGUCAGGGAAUAUUCGUCUUGACCACAAUGUUAGAAUUUUGAGGGGUUGGUCAGAGGACGUAUCGAUGUAUUGAACAGAUGGCUGGUACAGAGACCAGUAAACAUCAGCGGUAUAUGUUGCGCUGUACUGACAUCACGGUCGUAAAGGCAGCCACUCCUAAAGCGCAGCAAGAACGUGUUAGAGCCUCAAGCAUAUGCCUUCGCUCCGUGCUAAAUGUGUGCUGA